AUGGCCAGCAACCUGCCCUUUCCGCCGGAACUCGUCGAUUGUCUCCCAGAAGCCGUGUUUAAUGCCGCAAGCAAAGACCAUUCACCUUCUUGCCUCAAGAACACACGUCGAGAUGUCCUCAAACAGAUUGAGAAAUGGGCCAACAGUAGUGAUGAAAGACGAAUAUACUGGCUCAAGGGCAUGGCUGGUAUCGGGAAAUCUACCAUUGCUCUGACGGUCGCCCGCAAGUACGCCGGACUGGAACGUCUUGGCGCGAGCUUUUUCUUCUCUAGAGGCGGUGGUGACCUCGCAUCCUCUAGGAAAUUCGCGGCCACAAUCGCCGCUCAGCUAGCCGACGCCAUACCAGGUCUCCAAAGACUCAUCGAAGACGCUAUUACAUCCAACAGUCGGAUUCGCAGCCUAGGAUUAUACGGCCAGUGGGAGAAGCUGGUCCUUGAACCGUUGUCCCAGCUAGGCAAGAACGUGUGUUUGCUCCCAGUUGUCGUCGUGAUUGAUGCACUGGAUGAAUGCGACAAUGAAGAUGAUGUCUCCUUGUUGAUUCAAUGCCUCGCUGCCGCUACGGCUGUCGAAAGCUUGCAGUUGCGUGUCUUCGUCACAAGCCGACCAGAGCAGCCAAUCAAUCUCGGUUUCGAUAGUAUCUCGUCAGGUUUGCACCGAGAUUAUAUCCUCCACGACAUUGAACAGUCUAUCGUGGAUCAAGAUCUAGUUCUUUUUUAUAAGGACAGACUCUCACACACUGCCAAAAAAUUCGGCCUUGGCAAUCGCAUUCUCUCCGACGAGACCAUCCAAAUUCUAGUCAGAAAGUCCAAUGGUUUAUUUAUCCACGCUGCCACUGUGUGCCGCUUUAUUGAAGAGGGAGGGCAACUCGCUGGUGAACGUCUCUCCCUUGUCAUUGCCGCAGGCAGCACGCCAAGCAAGCCAGAGAAGGAGCUAGACCAGAUAUACACCACCGUCUUAAUACAUUCACUCCCAAUGCAACUUGAGCCGGAGGAGGUAGCUGAAAUGCAAGCAUUGUUCAGGCGUAUUGUCGGGUCUAUUAUAGUGCUCUCUGAGGCGAUGACACCUACUGAUUUGGCGGCGAUGCUUGGAGAACGCAAGGAUGUUAUUCUCUCGACAAUACAUGGUCUCCAUUCAUUGUUGGAUGUUCCUGGAGAAACCAAGCCUAUCCGUCUCCUGCACCCAUCCUUGCGGGAUUUUCUUCUGGACCCUGUGAGAUGCCAAAGCGAAAAAUUCUUUGUUAACGAUGAAACUAUCCACUCUCAUCUGUUCAGCUGCUGUCUACGACUCAUGAAGAAUCUUCUCAAAAAGAACAUAUGUAAGAUGGAACAGCCUGGGAUACGGACUCGUGAAAUUCCUAAAGCCACAGUGAAGCAAUGUAUUUCUCUUCCUCUUCAGUAUGCCUGCCGUUAUUGGAUAUAUCAUCUGCGGCAGAGUGGCGUUGAUCCAAAUGACAGUACAGAAAUAAUGGAUUUUUUUCAGACUCGUUUUCUCUACUGGCUUGAGACACUCAGCUUGAUCGGCAGGCUAUCAGAAGGCAUUACUAUGAUCCGCUUGCUAGAAACAAAAUUAGCAGUCUCAUUUACCACACUCAAUUUGAAAGGGCUCAAUUCGACCAAGCUUCGGACAAUGCUCUCUUCGAUGAAAAAACAGUUGAGACUGAAACCUAUCUAUGCUGCGUCAUCGUCUCAUCCUUCAGGCAAUAUUUUGCAUGCAACGGUAUAUGACGCAAUGAGAUUCGCCCUCAGCCACGGUGCGAUUAUCGCAGAGACUCCGCUCCAAGUAUAUUGCUCGGCUUUGGUCUUCAGUCCAGAAAAGAGUAUAAUACGAAAGCAUUACUCAAAUGAGAUUCCAAAGUGGAUACUACAGCGCCCGAUAAUUCAUGAGGACUGGAGACCGUAUUUACAAACACUGAAAGGCCAUUCAGACUGGGUUACCGCCGUCGCCUUCUCCCCGGAUUGCCGGCUCAUAGCGUCAGCGUCACGUGAUAGGACUAUCUGGCUCUGGGAUGCGAUCACAGGCACAGAACAGCGCGUGUUAAAAGGUCAUUCAAACUGGGUCAACGCCGUCGCCUUCUCUCCAGAUAGCCGGCUCAUAGCGUCAGCAUCACGUGAUAGGACCAUCCGGCUCUGGGAUGUGAUCACAGGCACGGAACAGCGCGUGUUAAAAGGCCAUUCAGGCUGGGUUAACUCCAUCGCCUUCUCCCCUGAUGGCCGGCUCAUAGCGUCAGCGUCACGUGAUUGGACUAUCUGGCUCUGGGAUGCGAUCACAGGCACGAAGCAGCACGUGUUAAAAGGCCAUUCAAUGCUGGUUAACGCCAUCGCCUUCUCCCCAGAUGGCCGGCUUAUAGCGUCAGCGUCAUGUGAUGGGACCAUCUGGCUUUGGGAUGCGAUCACAGGCACAGAGCAGCGCGUGUUAAAAGGUCAUUCAAACUGGGUCAACGCCGUCGCCUUCUCCCCAGAUGGCCGGCUCAUAGCGUCAGGUGAUGGGUCCAUCCGGCUCUGGAAUACGACCACGGGCACGGAACAGCGCGUGUUAAAAGGCCAUUCAGGUUGGGUUAACGCCAUCGCCUUCUCCCCAGAUGGCCGGCUUAUAGCGUCAGCGUCAGAUGAUUUGACCGUCCGGCUCUGGGAUGUGACCACAGGCAUUGAGCAGCGCGUGUUAAAAGGCCAUUCAGACUCGGUUAACGCCAUCGCCUUCUCUCCAGAUAGCCAGCUUAUAGCGUCAGCAUCAAAUGAUGGGACCAUCCGGCUCUGGGAUGCGACUAAAGGCAUGAAGCAGCGCGUGUCAAAAGGCCAUUUAGACUCGGUUAACGCCAUCGCCUUCUCCCCAGAUAGUCGGCUCAUAGCGUUAGGGUCACGUGAUAGGACCAUCCGGCUCUGGGAUGCGAUCACAGGCACGGAGCAGCGCGUGUUAAAACAUUCAGGCUGGGUUAACGCCAUCGCCUUCUCCCCUGAUGGCCGGCUCAUAGCGUCAGCGUCACGUGAUGGGACCAUCCGGCUCUGGGAUGCGAUCACAGGCACAAAGCAGCGUGUGUUAAAAGUGUUAAAAGGUCAUUCAAAGCUGGUUAACGCCAUCGCCUUCUCCCCAGAUGGCCGGCUUAUAGCGUCAGCGUCAUGUGAUGGGACCAUCUGGCUUUGGGAUGCGAUCACAGGCACAGAGCAGCGCGUGUUAAAAGGCCAUUCAGAAUGGGUCGACGCCCUCGCCUUCUCCCCAGAAGGCCAUCCAAACUGGGUUAACGCCGUCGUCUUCUCCCCAGAUGGCCGGCUUAUAGCGUCAGCAUCAGGUGAUGGGACCAUCCGGCUCUGGGAUGCGAUCACAGACACGAAGCAGCGCGUGUUAAAAGGCCAUUCAGACUCGGUUAACGCCGUCGCCUUCUCUCCAGAUGGCCGGCUUAUAGCGUCAGCGUCACGUGAUGGGACCAUCCGGCUCUGGGAUGCAAUCACAGGCACGGAGCAACAAGUAUAUGUGACCGAAACUACUCUUCUGUAUUUGUCCUUUUGUGGAACUCUUCUCAUCACAGAUCGCGGUGUUCUUCGGCUCCCUCAGGUUGUGCCGCAACCACCACAGCAUCAUAUCUUCGUUUCAGGAUCCUGGGUACGGAAUGAUGCUGAAAACUUUCUUUUUCUUCAUCCUGAUUAUAUAGACCAUGUCUGGUUCGUUUCUGGCGAUAUUCUGGUUUUUGAAAACGAUUCAGGCUCCUCCAUUCUACAAUUUGACCAUUUAUCCAAGAUUAUGAUCGGAGGAGGGUAA